AUGGAUGGACAAACUGCAGAAAUUAUUCGUGCUCUCGAUGAUAUAGGAAACGAAAUGGCUUCACGUAAGAACUCCUUGCUCUUUGUUGUAUAUUCUAUUUUGGUAACGAUCAGAAAUCUUUUGGAGAACAUGUCGGAUGGAAAUAUGGUUCAAUUCUCUUUUUCAGAAGAUAUAAAGCUAUAUCUUUCAAGAGAGGAUCUUUUUGGCAAUAAGAUUAAGCGAACAAUAAAAGAAACGGAAUCUAAUAUUGAUAGGCUCUUGUUGGAUGUUAGAUCAUGGGAAAUAAGUACAGGACUUGAAGUUUGUUAUCGUAUAAGUCCCGAGGAUUUUAAGGAGUUCCAGAAUCUUGGAUCCAAAAUCGAUCCCUACUACUCUUUUCUAAUCCACAAUCCAGAAAAGAAAAAUUCUCGAUACAUUUGGGAAAAGUUCCAGCAACUCGCAAUGGACAUCCGGAAAAAUGCUGUUACCAAUGAAGACAAGAGUAUUUUUGAGAUUUUGGAGAGGAUAAGAGACGACAUAAGGGCUUCAAGCGAGGUUAAAUAUCUUGUUCAGCAAGUGUUUUUUUCGGUGCCGAAAGGAGUUCCUCUUGAAUUAAUGAAGGGUGUAUCUGAAAUAUUUAACGGAAAAUAUAAUAGUUGGGUAAUCCCUUACUUAGAGUUUUGUAUACAGUUCCAUCUGCUAGGUAUUGUUACAUCGUAG